GAUGAAGGCAGGAUUUGAAGGUUUAAAUUAUAUACACGUUAAGGAAUUAGCUAAUAAAAAUUAAUAUGAUGGAGAUUUUGUAAAUGGUGAAAAGAAUGGAAAGGGUCAAUUAAAAUUUGCUGAUGGUAGUUUUUAUGAUGGAGAUUAUGUAAAUGAUAAAUUUCACGGAAAGGGUCAAUUAAAAUUUGCUGAUGGUAGUUAAUAUGAUGGAGAUUUUGUAAAUGGUAAAUAUAAUGGAAAGGGUCAAUUAAAAUUUGCUGAUGGUAGUUCAUAUAAUGGAGAUUUUGUAAAUGGUGAAUUUACUGGAAAGGGUCAAUUAAAAUUGUCUGAUGGUAGUUAAUUUAAUGGAGACUUUGUAAAUGGUGAACUUAAUGGAAAGGGUCAAUUAAAAUUGUCUGAUGAUAGUUAAUUUAAUGGAGACUUUGUAAAUGGUGAACUUAAUGGAAAGGGUCAAUUAAAAUUGUCUGAUGGUAGUUAAUAUGAUGGAGAUUUUGUAAAUGGAGAAAAGAAUGGAAAGGGUCAAUUAAAAUUUGCUGAUGGUAGUUAAUAUGAUGGAGAUUUUGUAAAUGGAGAAAAGAAUGGAAAGGGUCAAUUAAAAUUUGCUGAUGGUAGUUAAUAUGAUGGAGAUUUUGUAAAUGGUGAAAAGAAUGGAAAGGGUCAAUUAAAAUUUGCUGAUGGUAGUUAAUAUGAUGGAGAUUUUGUAAAUGGUGAAUAGAAUGGAAAGGGUCAAUUAAAAUUUGCUGAUGGUAGUUAAUAUGAUGGAGAUUUUGUAAAUGGUGAAUAGAAUGGAAAGGGUCAAUUAAAAUUUGCUGAUGGUAGUUAAUAUGAUGGAGAUUUUGUAAAUGGUGAAUAGAAUGGAAAGGGUCAAUUAAAAUUUGCUGAUGGUAGUUAAUAUGAUGGAGAUUUUGUAAAUGGUGAAUAGAAUGGAAAGGGUCAAUUAAAAUUUGCUGAUGGUAGUUAAUAUGAUGGAGAUUUUGUAAAUGGUGAAAAGAAUGGAAAGGGUCAAUUAAAAUUUGCUGAUGGUAGUUAAUAUGAUGGAGAUUUUGUAAAUGGUGAAAAGAAUGGAAAGGGUCAAUUAAAAUUUGCUGAUGGUAGUUAAUAUGAUGGAGAUUUUGUAAAUGGUGAAAAGAAUGGAAAGGGUCAAUUAAAAUUUGCUGAUGGUAGUUAAUAUGAUGGAGAUUUUGUAAAUGGUGAAAAGAAUGGAAAGGGUCAAUUAAAAUUUGCUGAUGGUAGUUAAUAUGAUGGAGAUUUUGUAAAUGGUGAAUAGAAUGGAAAGGGUCAAUUAAAAUUUGCUGAUGGUAGUUAAUAUGAUGGAGAUUUUGUAAAUGGUAAAUAUAAUGGAAAGGGUCAAUUAAAAUUUGCUGAUGGUAGUUCAUAUAAUGGAGAUUUUGUAAAUGGUGAAUUUACUGGAAAGGGUCAAUUAAAAUUGUCUGAUGGUAGUUAAUUUAAUGGAGACUUUGUAAAUGGUGAACUUAAUGGAAAGGGUCAAUUAAAAUUGUCUGAUGAUAGUUAAUUUAAUGGAGACUUUGUAAAUGGUGAACUUAAUGGAAAGGGUCAAUUAAAAUUGUCUGAUGGUAGUUAAUAUGAUGGAGAUUUUGUAAAUGGAGAAAAGAAUGGAAAGGGUCAAUUAAAAUUUGCUGAUGGUAGUUAAUAUGAUGGAGAUUUUGUAAAUGGUGAAAAGAAUGGAAAGGGUCAAUUAAAAUUUGCUGAUGGUAGUUAAUAUGAUGGAGAUUUUGUAAAUGGUGAAAAGAAUGGAAAGGGUCAAUUAAAAUUUGCUGAUGGUAGUUAAUAUGAUGGAGAUUUUGUAAAUGGUGAAAAGAAUGGAAAGGGUCAAUUAAAAUUUGCUGAUGGUAGUUAAUAUGAUGGAGAUUUUGUAAAUGGUGAAAAGAAUGGAAAGGGUCAAUUAAAAUUUGCUGAUGGUAGUUAAUAUGAUGGAGAUUUUGUAAAUGGAGAAAAGAAUGGAAAGGGUCAAUUAAAAUUUGCUGAUGGUAGUUAAUAUGAUGGAGAUUUUGUAAAUGGUGAAAAGAAUGGAAAGGGUCAAUUAAAAUUUGCUGAUGGUAGUUAAUAUGAUGGAGAUUUUGUAAAUGGAGAAAAGAAUGGAAAGGGUCAAUUAAAAUUUGCUGAUGGUAGUUAAUAUGAUGGAGAUUUUGUAAAUGGUGAAAAGAAUGGAAAGGGUCAAUUAAAAUUUGCUGAUGGUAGUUAAUAUGAUGGAGAUUUUGUAAAUGGAGAAAAGAAUGGAAAGGGUCAAUUAAAAUUUGCUGAUGGUAGUUAAUAUGAUGGAGAUUUUGUAAAUGGUGAAAAGAAUGGAAAGGGUCAAUUAAAAUUUGCUGAUGGUAGUUAAUAUGAUGGAGAUUUUGUAAAUGGUAAAUAUUCAUUGCCUGUUUUAGUUCAAACUUUUUAAAUUAACUCAAUGUAGAAUUAAUCUCUGAAUUAUAUACUUAUUAUUCUUCCUUCAUAAAUUGAUUAAUUUUUUGAGAAAUAAGUUAAUUUAGUCUCGCGUCGAUUAGUUACAUUACCUUAUAUAUUUAAUCAGCAUCUAAAUUUAAUAUAUUUAAUUUCUAAUCUUUAUCAUUCUGUUCUUACUCUAUUUUGGAUUAUUAUUGCUAUUUUUUUAAAUUAAACUAUGGUGCUUAUUGGUUUUAUAAUUUUUUGAAGUAUCAUUUUGUGCUGAGAAUUUAAUGUUUGGUUUGGAAGAUGAUUAAAUGAUUUAUGCAGUAACUAAUUGAUACUCUAUAUUAAAUAAUGCCAUGAUGUGUAAAUUUUUUUUUAAUUAUUAAAGGAGUUGAAUAAAGUGAAUGAUUAGUAAAAGUAAAUAAAUUUAUAAUCGUAUUUAAACUAGGCUAUUUAAUCAAAACAUACUUAUUAUUUUAAAUGAAGUGAGAGGAAGCUACCAAAGAUCAGAUUGACAGUAUUUAUGAUCUUAAUAUUUGUAGA